GCUCAAAGGAAAACAAAAAGCUAUUCUCCCCAAGUGGUUAUGACGCAAACGACUCGCCGAAAAUCGAGUCGGCUUUCUUCAAACAAUAACACAAAUUUGCAAACCGAUAUAAAUCAACAAUUCGAUCUUCCAAAUGCAACAGGAUAUUCAACCUCUUUACCUUCAGUACAACAACAUACGCUAAAUAAUCGAACCCGAUCAAACUUAAGCCGCAGUAUUAUUUUGCCAAACUUGAAUGCUGGUAAUGGUAAUAAUGGACAGGCUGCGGAAACAAUUGAUGAUAAUUCUUUGAUAUCUUCUGAAGAGAAUUAUUCAAAUAUGGUCAUCAAUCAUUCUGAAGGUUCUUCUUUUGGUCAAUCGCGACAAUCAUCAAUUUUAUCCAUUUCAAGGGAUGCAUCAUUUUAUGAAACGGAGUCAGGACGCAGCGAAUCAUGCAGCUCCACACCCUUCAUAACUUCGGAAAUAUCAUUAGGCCGAUUACAUUCGGAUAUUUCUUCUGGUCUUCCCUCGCGGUCCUCUUCGGCAUAUCAGUCAGCAUUUCUAUCUGUCAAUCAAUCCUUUUCCUUUAACGACGAUUCCAUUGCAUUCACGGAUAAUAUUAAGCUUGAUAAUGAUCAAAGGAUUCAACCUGAACCAUCCGGCCUAAUUGACGAUACUGAACAUCACGAAGUAGGAUCAAAUCCUGGAAACGAAGAAAAUACGGAACAUACUUUAAGUGAAGAUCAAAACCAAGAAGAAAGCGGAAGUUACACAUUCAGAUACAUCCCACGAGUUCUGAGUUCCAUUGAGGACUUUUGGAAUACAGUGGUUUGGUGGUUAUCGAGAUUAGAAGUAAAUUAUGUCGAACCUCUCAAAAACAAAAUUUUAGAUUUUUACGUCAUUAGAGCAGCGUGCAACAAUUUUCGAAGCAAUAACGUGAAUGAAGAACAUGCGAAUGCUUCCACUGAACGUGGAAGUCGGCGUAUGAGACUAGGGAUAUUUUGCUUUUUGAUAUUCCUUUACAUUGCCUUUGUACUCAUAAAAUCGUCAAAAGUAGACACAAAUGGCGACAAUGAUGAACUUGGUCAAAAUGAUGAAUUGAUUCAAUCGGUUGUAGCCAAUCAGGUGAAAACUUUGUGCGCGGCCGAGGUUCAAAAAAGGAUUCCAUCAACUAAUCAAGAGAUGACUAGGUAUCGAUCAAACGCGGUUCCAAACGAGAACGUGGUCGUCAUGGUAAGACAAGAAGUUCAAAGAGCCGUUGAAGAAAUGUUAUAUACGUACUCACAAGACAAGUUGAACAAAGCCGACUUCGCACUUUCUUCGGGUGGUGCCAAGAUCAUAAGUCCGUUGACAUCACCAACCUAUGAACAGUGGCCAACACAAUGGUAUAAAUUGAUAUUGGCAUCCACAAUUGGUCAUGGUAUCACGAGAGGGAAACCUCCGAUUACGGCCAUUCAACCGGAUACUCAUGUAGGUCAAUGUUGGCCUUUUUCCGGUCAGCAAGGACAAUUAGCUGUUCUGUUGAGCAGACAAGUGUAUGUAACCUCAGUAACCUAUGAUCACAUCAGCAAAAAAGUUGCGAUGGGCACAACUAGUGCGCCUAAAGAAAUUGAGGUUUGGGGGUUCAUCGAUGGUGAUCUGGAAGUGAAGGAUAAGGGUGCUGACACAAUCAAGGAGGACAUUCCAGGAUACAUAAAUGAGCAGGACACUGUCAACGAACUGGGAUCGAACAUUUUGGACUCGAGUCAUUUACAAACUAAGGGCGGAGAGCUUAAGCUUGGUUCAUCACCGACUCACAUAUUUCUGGGUCAGUUUGUUUAUGACCUCAAUGGUCCGCCAAUACAAACUUUUGAGGUGAACAAAAUCAAUAAGCCUAUAAGAGCAGUGAUUUUGAAGGUAAAUAGUAAUUGGGAUAAUCCCGAGUACACUUGUCUAUAUCGAUUCCGCGUCCACGGUGAACGUUCCGGUUUCCAAAACUAA